UGUUGUACAGACAAACAGAACAGUGCAAAGAGACUGAUUCAACUAACCACUGACAGAUUAUUAAUGUCCUAUUUCAUUAGAGAGAGACCACGCUGCUUACUUGAGAGAGUUAUUGUUAGCUAGGAGGAAGACAUGGAGGGUUCAACGCUGACACAGAGGAGGGCUGAGUGUCAGUUGAAGGAAAGGGUGAUCCAGACAGACUACGUGAUGGAGCUGGGAGUCAGGUUGGCUCUGGUGUGGCAGACCCAGAGGGAGCAGGAGAAGGAAAUGAAGAGGAUUUGGUUUGAGACGAGGAAAAUGCCAAGCCUGAUUGAGGAGAAUGUGAGAGAUGUGACAAACCGUCCACUCACUGAGUUCAUGGCUCCAUGUAUUGACUCCCUCCCACCACUGGCUUUCACCAAUCGGAGGCCUAUACCAACCAUGUUACAUCCCCCCUCUCAAUUGGCCAUACGCGCUCAGGAGGCACAGCGGUUCAUUGUAUUUUCAUACUUUGUCCCUGCUGAGUGCCCAGUUGCCACAGAGGCCACUGCAGAUGUACGUACUGGUAAAAGAGAGGACUUAUCGACAGAUACACAUCUUUCCUCAAUGCUGCAUCGAUACCUGCCACACUUCUUUAACGAUGACUCCAUGCCACCACAGCAGACAUUAGAGGGAACCACUGAGGUCUCAGUUGCUCCAGUGGCAAAAUCUAAUAUCAAGGAAGAGGACAGAUUCUAUCCUUUCUCCCUCCCACCACUGGCUCAGCGGUUCAUUGGCAAAUCAUUCAAUGUCCCGGAAACCUCCCAGCCUGCUGUUUUAGCCACAGAGUACCGAGUUGCCAAAGAGGCUACUGCAGGCACGGCCACUGUCAAGAGAGAGAACCGAUGGGCAGCUAGAAGUCUUCUUUCAGUGCUGACUCCAUGCCUGCCAUCAGUCUUUGACGGUGACUUCAUGCCACCAGAGCAGACAGUAGAGGAUGCCUAUGAGGUCUCAGGUGCUACAGAGAACACUUCAGGUACAGCUACUGUUGAUGGAGUGGGCAGAUCAGCAGCUAAACGCCCUGUCCCAAUGCUGCCUCCAAGUCUGUCACGUGUCUUUGACAUUGACUACAAACUGCCGGGGUCGGCAGUAGAGGGAACCAACAAGUGUCCAGUUGCCAGUGGAACAACCAAUGAUGUGUCCACUCACCUAAAGGAGGACAUGGCAGCUGAUCAAAGCCCUCCUGACCCUGGAGCACUGCCUCCAAGCUCGCCAUGUAUCCGUGACUCUGACCACAAACUGACCAAGGAGAAAAAAGAGGACGCCAAUGAGUCCUCCCUUGCCACAGAGAUCACUGUAGGCACAUCCAUUGUCCAGGGAGAGGACCUGUUGGGUGAUAAAAGCCCUUCUCCAAGGCUGCCUCCAAGCUUGUCACACAUUUUGGACAAUGACCAUAAGCAGCCAGAGGAGACGAUAGUUGCGCGGGAAGCAGCUGUUUCCGUGUCCACUGUCCUCCAAGAGGAGUUUUUGGCUUGUAAAAGUCCUCCUGCACCCGCAGCACUGCCUCUAAGGCUGCCCUGUACCCACUGCAUUGACCACAAACAGCAAGAGGAGACAGUUGAGGACAACACAGAGCGCUUAGUUGACACAGAGGAAAGUGCAGUUUCAUCCACUGUCAAGAGAGAGGAACUGACAGGUGAUACAAACCCUGUCCUAGCACUUCCUCCAAGCCUGGCAUGCAUCCAUGGCAAAGACCACAAUGAUCCAAAUCAGAAAGGGAGGGGCACUACUAAGGAGGUGUAUCUCUGCCCUCACGCUCACCAGCUGGACCCAGAUGCUAACUUAACUCUGUCAACCCACAAUGAUGAACCCAGGACCUGGACCCUGGAAGAGACAAAGGUAGGUGUCCUAUUUUACACUACUACCCUACAGGGUUGGGGGUCAGUUCCAUUUCAAUUCAAAGCAUUGAAGAGAAUUGGAAUUUUAGAGUUCUUCUUGAAUUGACUGGAAUUGACCCAAACUUGCUGCUCUUUGCUCAUAGUAUGAAACAUCACCCCUCACUAGGGUUAACAUUUAUGGGUUUUGGAAUAUAUAAUGGGGAUAUAAAAAACAAAUGACCUUAAUUACUGUCCUCCAAAUUGUGUGCCCCAUGAGGCCAUCAUUGUAUGUUGAUCACUCAAAUGUGUAUUGAAUGUGCCACAUUGGAACAAUAUUACAUCUAGAAUCA